AUGCAUUCGUACGCCGUCAACAACAGCAACAUGGCCGCCAGCAGCAACAACAGCAUCAACGAGAACCGCUACAACAGCGAGAAGUUGGCCAAAUCAUCGGCCGUGUACCGCCUGAAGAAGAUCCUGAAGCCCCUGGUCACGCUGCUGAAGAGCAAAAGCAAGGCCCAGCAACCCGCCAAAGCCCAGCAGCAGUACGAUCAGCGCCGCUCGAUCAUCAGCUACAUCGAUGACUUCGAUUGCGACUACGACAACUCCGCCAACGAGCGUCUGGAGGCCGAGCUCGUCGCUGAGCUCGCGCAGUGCCACGCCACCGAUGCGGCCAUCCUAGUGCUUGAGGAUCAGUGCCUGCGCCUGCAGCCCGUUCUGCCAGAAGAGGAGUUGUAUGUCCCAGUGCACUUCGCCCGCACCGAGGCUGGUACCUUCUUCUGGACGACCAUGCCGGCUCGUGAAGUCGACGAGGACCUAAUCCAACCGGCACACUGCUACAGCGAGGAGCCCCAGCACGCCCAGCGAGCCUACGCCGAUCGUUGGGCUCAGGCCUAA